AUGCAGUUCAAGCUUCUCUCCGUCUUCGCCGCCGCUCUGACGGUCCAGAGCGCCUAUGGCAUGUCCUCGUCUCAGCAAGGCAAGGCCAUUCAGCAGAGCGAGCAGAGCCAGCAGGUUCACCAGCUCGAGCAGCUUGCCCAAGACAUCCAGACUCAGCAGGCAGCGGAGAUUCACCAGCUCGACAUUGGCGGUGCUGGCCUCAACGCUACCGCCGUCACAGCCACGCUGAACAGCGUCAGCGAUGCGCUCGCCGUUGCUGGAAACUCCGUCAGCAACAUCACUUCCACCACUCUUGCUCAGCAAUUCCCCAACAUAGUCAACACCCUGAGCACUUUGGCUGGUAGCCUCGUUACCAACGCUGGCAACCUCGUCACCACCCCCGUCACAUCGACCUUUAACCAGACCGACCAGCUCAACAUUUACAACACCUUCAUCAACCUCACCAAGGCCAACGAUCAAUUCAUCAAGACCUUCCUCGGCCCCACCGGCAUUGUUAGCAACUCCCUCCUCCGCGGCCCCAUCGGCAUCGUUCUCAACCUGAUUGAGCGGACCAUUGUGAACCUGGCCGGUGCUACCAUUGCCCGUAUCCCGGCUUAUGCCGAUCAGGCCCAGGCCCAACUGAGCAACAUCCACGCCGACCUGGCCCUGACCAUCAGGACCUAA